UUUGAGGCCUUUCCGUCUUUUCACUUUCAACCGGUCGCAGAGAAAAAGAGUACGGUAGAACGUAAACAAUCAACGAUAAUCGUGUUAUUUAUCAUUAUUUUUCGUGAUUUUGUGACAAUUUUCUACCAAAAUGGGCACGAAACGGAAAAACAUGGAGGAUGAAAUGUCUAGGUUUGAAGCAGAGAUUUCCAAAACUGCAGCCGCUUUGCCAUCAAGCAGCAUGUUGUCAAACCCUUUCAUACCCUCUCAGGUGCGCACAGUGAUUGGCUCUCAAACGUAUAAUCAAGUACAGCAAAAACUGGCCACUGCACCUACCCGUAUUCCACCUCCACCGAUUCCGCCUUUCCUUCCAACCUACUCAACACCAACGCAACAGCAACACAAUCCGGAAAAAUCAUACUCUACGGAACCCACUCCAGCUGUUGUCAGUAGUGCACCAAAAUUGUACAAUGCUCGACCUACGGUUGGUACGCUACCCAAGGUUGACACUCCUUCUGGUAGCGGUGGUCCCAUAGGGCCAAACAUUUCAUCCGCACCAGUGCAAUCGUAUGAUAUUGCCAACAUACAGUUUGAAGUGACUACCAAAAUUAAGAAGCAGAAAACUGAAAAGUCUGGGCCUAAUCCAAUAGCCGAAGAAGCUAUCAAAGCCGCACGAGCAUCUUCAGCGCUGCAAUCAUUCGGAAACGCUGACCGCAGAGGAAAGAAAGAUCGUAAGACCGUUCGAGUCGCCGGUGGUCAAACAUGGGAGGAUCCGUCACUGGGUGAUUGGGCCGAUGAUGAUUUCCGUAUUUUCUGCGGCGACUUGGGAAACGACGUGAAUGACGAAUUACUGACACGAACUUUCAACAAGUAUCCAUCGUUCCAACGUGCCAAAGUGAUUCGUGACAAACGAACGAGUAAAAGUAAGGGAUAUGGAUUUGUCAGCUUUAAGGACCCACAGGACUUUGGUCGAGCAAUGAAAGAAAUGGAUGGUCGUUACGUUGGCAGCCGUCCCAUUAAACUGCGAAAGAGUACUUGGAGAAACCGAAGUAUUGAGAUGGUGCGGAAAAAAGACAAGGAAAAGCAAGCCCUUCUUAGCUUGUUUAAUCAGAGUUAACUUCCUAUUGGAUAGAAAUUGGACAUUUUGGAUCAAUCGUGCUUGUGGUAGAUGGCAAAUCCGAACGCUGCAGAUGAGAAAAUCAUACGUAAGUGGUUAGCGUUAGAUUCUCACAAAUAUUCAGAUUUUGAAUGUCAACAUUUCAAUAAAAGCGAAGUACUGAGUUAUACUUUAUUUCGCAGAUCAGUAACACUUUCAUUUGUGUUGAGAUAGUUGUGAUUAAAUGUAUCACGAAUACUAAAAACUUGUGUGACUACUUUUUAGAAGUAACUCUGAGUGCACAUGAUGUAAGAUAAAACAAAAAAAAUAU